AUGUCGAAAGCACUGAGAGAAGCGUUUUUGAAGGCAAAGGCCGAAAAGAGAACCGCCUUGGUGACCUUCAUCACCGCCGGCCAUCCGACUGUCGAGGAGACGGUCGAUAUUAUGCAGAAUCUGCAAGCUGGUGGAGUGGACGUCAUUGAGCUUGGUGUUCCUUUUUCCGACCCUAUGGCGGACGGACCAGUGAUCCAGCAGUCCAACAACGUUGCUCUUGACAACAAGGUGACUGUUCCUUUGGUUCUGGAAUUGGUGAAGAAAGCCAGGGCUGCUGGCGUGACUGUUCCGAUCGUUCUUAUGGGAUACUACAAUCCGAUCUUGCAGUACGGAGAGAGACAGAUGAUCAAGGACUCGUACGAUGCGGGCGCCAACGGGUUCAUUGUUGUUGAUUUACCGCCAGAAGAGGCGCUGAAGUUCAGAGGGUUCUGCAAAGCCGAGGGAAUGUCGUAUGUUCCUCUGGUUGCUCCGUCCACUACUGACGAGAGACUCAAGUUGCUGGGUCAGAUUGCGGACUCGUUCAUCUACGUUGUUUCGCGUAUGGGCACCACUGGAGCCACCAUUUCUGUGAGUGCGACCGUUGGCAGUCUUGUUGACCGUGUUCGCAAGCUGACUGGAGGCAGUGCUCCAUUGGCUGUUGGGUUUGGUGUGUCCACCAGAGAGCACUUUUUGCAAGUUGGUUCGAGCUCUGACGGAGUUGUGAUUGGUUCGAAGCUGGUGACCAUUCUGGACGAGACUCCUAAGGGCCAGAGAGGCGAGGCUGCUAAGAAGUAUGUCAAGUCGAUUCUGACCGGCGAAGGAGAAAACACCGUGGGCGAGGGUUUGAUCGAGGCCGAGCUGAAUCUUCCUGAAGAGGUCAAGUUCGAUGAGAAGCACUUGCACAACCCGCGGUUUGGCGAGUACGGCGGCCAGUACGUUCCAGAGGCCCUGCAGGCCUGUUUGAGAGAGCUCGAGGACGGGUUCGAGAAUGCAAUUGCCGAUCCGCACUUCUGGGAGGAGUUCAGAUCGCUCUACGACUAUAUUGGAAGACCAUCUUCCCUGCACAAGGCCGAGCGUUUGUCCGAGUACGCGGGCGGCGCCCAGAUCUGGCUCAAGAGAGAGGACCUCAACCAUACCGGAUCGCACAAGAUCAACAACGCUCUGGCACAGAUCCUGAUUGCCAGAAGACUCGGCAAGACCAACGUCAUCGCAGAGACCGGAGCCGGCCAACACGGUGUGGCCACUGCCACUGCCUGUGCCAAGUUCGGUAUCAAGUGUACGGUUUUCAUGGGAGCAGAGGACGUCAGAAGACAGGCUUUGAACGUGUUCCGGAUGAGAAUCCUCGGAGCCAACGUCAUUGCCGUCACCAACGGUACCAAGACUUUGAGAGACGCCACUUCUGAGGCCUUCAGAUACUGGGUGUCUCAUUUGGCAGACACACACUACAUUGUUGGCUCUGCUAUUGGACCUCAUCCAUACCCUACGCUGGUGAGAACUUUCCAGAGCGUGAUCGGUAACGAGACCAAGGAGCAGUUCCUCAAGAAGACCGGCAAGCUACCAGACCUUGUUGUUGCGUGCGUUGGUGGAGGCUCGAACUCCACCGGUAUGUUCUCUCCGUUCGAGAAAGACAGCAGCGUCAAGCUUCUGGGAGUCGAGGCUGGAGGAGACGGACUGGACACAGACAGACACUCUGCCACGCUGACUGCCGGAAAGCCUGGUGUUUUCCACGGAGUCAAGACGUACGUUCUGCAGGACUCUGACGGCCAGGUCCACGACACUCACUCUGUUUCUGCCGGAUUGGACUAUCCUGGUGUUGGACCCGAGCUUUCUGCCUGGAAGGACCUGGGCCGUGUGGAGUUUGUUGCUGCUACCGACGCGCAGGCCUUGGAAGGGUUCCGUUUGCUUUCGCAGUACGAGGGUAUCAUUCCUGCGCUCGAGUCGUCGCAUGCCAUCUACGGAGCUCUGCAGAAGGCCAAGGCCAUGUCCAAGGACCAGCACGUCAUCAUCAACGUUUCUGGAAGAGGAGACAAGGACGUCCAGAGUGUUGCCGAGGUGCUGCCGAAACUCGGCCCCCAGAUCGGCUGGGAUCUGCGGUUCGAGUCCUUUGACGACGCCAGCAAGUAA